AUUAAUCGUACUCGGGCAUCGUUUCACAUUGCUGCCGCUGAUACGAGCACCAACGAAGACCUCAAUGUGCACGAAGGUGUGUAUAUGUGCACGCCCCUUAGAGAGCGCGCGCGCACGUGCCUUUAGUUGACUCGAGCAGUGUUCGGUGGAGGAGAUCACAACUUGCCAGCGUCGGAAUUGCUCGCGUGGUCGCUGGAGCUCGACCCGCCGAAGGAUGCUGACCCACAAGCUCGCAGACUCAUAAAUCCGGCGCUGAAAAAAACGCAUCUUCGAACUUUGAAUGCUUUCAUAUGUUUUUACAGACUUUGAUAUAUGACGUUUUUGUCAUGGCAGUGAAGUUUUGCUUUCCAACCAUGUUUAGUUUAAGAGUCAGCAGUGCCCUUCUCUUGUGCGCCUUCCUCCGGUUGUUCUCCGGGAUCGGCGGACAGGUGCCGAAUUGCCAGGAGGUCCGCGCCGUGUUUCACACUCUGCACCCGGGGUCCAAGUGGGUCCCCGAAACCGCCGUCUCAGGUGCUGACCUGCAGGUUUGCCAAACCAAAGGCCCCGCCUGCUGUUCUAAAAAGAUGGAGGAGCGCUAUCAGUUUGCCGCUCGCAGCAACAUGGAGUCCGGCCUGCAAGAUGUCAGUGCUCAACUCAAGCGUAUUAUCAUCCAGAAUGCUGCCAUUUUCCAAGAGGCUUUUGACUUGGUGCUGCGCCAUGGUCGAAACGCUACACUGGCUAUGCUCAAGUCAGAGUUCCCCGCUCUCGGAGGCGGAGCCCAGAGCUCAGUCGGGCAGCUCUUCCUGGACAUGUCGCUCUACAUCCUGGGCUCAGACUCCACGGUGGAUCACAUGGUGACGGUGCUCUAUGGCCGCCUUUUCCACAUGACAUAUCGUCGCCUGCUUGGGGGCAGCGGGUCUUUGUCCGAGGAGUGCGUCAAAGAGGCCUGGAAGGACUCAGCAGCCUUCGGCCCUUAUCCCAAACUCAUGAUGACCCGUCUCUCCCGCUCCCUUCUUGCAACGCGAGUUUUUCUUCAGGCGUUGAACCUGGGCAUCGAGGUUGUUAAUACCACGGACCACCUGCGACCUGGUCGGGACUGUAGCCGAGCCUUGAUGAGACUGUGGUACUGUCCACACUGCCAGGGCUUGCUUGGGCCGCCAGUCUGCAGAGGAUUCUGCCAAGCGGUGAUGCACGGCUGCCUGGGGGGAGCGGCCGAGGUGCAGCCUCAUUGGAAGACCUAUGUGGAUGGCUUGGGGAAGCUGGCGGCGGCCAUGAGCGGCGAGCAGGACAUGGAGGCGGUUGUCCUCAGACUUCCGGCCAUGAUCAAACUGGCACUCAAGAAUGCAGUAAAUACACGCGGCCGUCUCAGUAGUGUGGUGAGCGGCAUGUGUGGACAAUCUCAACAGCGGACCGCCCGCUCUGUCGUAUCUCCUCCUUUCCAGCAUCCCGCUGCCUCUGUGGCCCGCAACACUCAGCCAUCACCCUCGGAUCCUGAUGAGACCUUAGCGGGACUCCGGAGGGAGUUCAUUUCUAAUCUGAGAGAAUUCAGCUCCUUCUACAGUGGUCUCGGGGAGUCUCUGUGCAGCCGAGAGCCUCCUCCAGCAAACCACUCUCUCUGCUGGAACGGGCAAGAAAUGACAGACAGGUUUUCGGGGCCCAACCUGAAGCGCUCACACUCAGGUUCUGAAUCCCGAAACAACAAGCCCCUCGAGCCUGUCAUCAGUCAGAUGAUAGACAAACUCAAGCACAUCAACCAGUUGCUGCGUCAUGUAACAGUGUCUGAAAAACGCUGGAGGGCCCGGACGCGCGCAAAUGGGGUGGUCGGGUGGAGCGAUGAAGGCGACGAGGGAUUCCCAAGCGGCGACUGUGAUGAUGAGGACGAGUGCACUGGCAUGUCGGGCCUGGGACCACCACCACGACGCAAACGUUUACGCGUCUUUGCAGACCUCGCCGACAACCUGGCAAUGGAUGAUUUCACCUUCCAGGAGCAGCUUCUGACACCUCGGUUGGCCACAGCUGGAGUUGGACACAUCCCUUCGCCUGGGACUGCCCUGGAGAGCGUCUAUCUGGUCCUGAUGGUCUCUGUCGGUCUGUGUUUCCUUCUUCUGUGUCACCACUGACCAUCUGCCCUGUGCACUCACUUGAACGCACCACAAACUCUGUAGAACAAAAGAAACUCUUUUAAACAUGAUUGUUUCAGAGACGUGGUUCCGAAAAAGACUGAACAAAGCAUGAGCAUCAGACAAUGCUCAAUUCUCUUGUUUUGAAAGCACAACUGAGAAACUUUUACUAUUAUGGAAGUAAGGAACCCGUUCUCUCUGCAUCUCCCAUUAUUAACGACUGAGAGUAUUGCAGCAUCUCCACUCUGAGUCUGACAUCGAAGUCACCGCUUAGUACUGAGCACUGUCAUUGACCGGCAAGUGGAAAUGGGAGGCAUGUGGACAUUUUUUUUUCUCAAAUGCUCCCUGUCCUUGCCCGCACUGAAUUACUGCCUUGCAAGCACUAGACCCAUGGAAAUGAAUAAACCCCACCUCCUCCCUGCCUUGACAGGUAAAAACCCACACAAUCUCCCAAUGCCACAAAAAUUUCUCAUGUAGUUCUCUGGUGUUGUUGUUUAUGUCCUAGACAUAGCCAAAUAAUUUCGGACUGGUUGCUCUUGCCGGCCCAUUACAAAGGUAGUCAAGGCCUGAGCGUAUAUGUACAGUAUGUGUCCGGCUACAAACUGUACUGUGUCAGUUUUUCUGUGUUGGUUCUAUGCUUACAAAAUAUGAACAUUUUCAAUAUUAACAAAUUUGAUAGGCCACAGGGUGGACUGUAAAAAACUUCUGGAAAAUAUAUUACCGUAUUUGACAAGGUGUCAAGAUGGAAUUGUAUGGAAAUAUUUACAUGGGAAAUGUUGCUUUUUAUUUAUUUAUUUAUUUAUUUUUUAUUAAAUGACUGUGUGUUUGCCCGCAGUUCGGUAUAUCUACUUGGAUGUUUGAAGAUGGCUAGGUGUUCUUGAUAGCAUGUCCCCAUUUAAUUUUGAUGACAAUUCACACAUUGACAACUUUGUAAAUAAUUAUGACCAUUUAAAAUACCCUGUUGUUUAACAAAGGCGAACAUUCAAAUUUUGUCAAAUUGGAGAAGCCACGUGUACGGUGCACUGGCCCUUUAAGAGAUUGAUGUGUUUCCUGCUACACUGAAGGCCAGAAAUGUCUACACAUCAUUACAGUACAUUUGCCUUGAGCGCUGAAUGGCACCAAACCAACGUAUGUAUUUUUCUAUUGUUUUUACGAGUGUUUACAGGUAGCCAUGUAUAUCAUACUGUCACUGCAAUGAUGAACAUUAAUAUUCAAUAUUUCUGUGUGUCUAGAUGUAGAUGUGAUGUGUGUGUUUUCUGAGUAAAGAGCACUGACGUUUACAUGUAAAUGAUUUUGAUCAGUUUUAUUUUCAGUGAUUCAUGUCAAUUUGACAUUGGCAAUCACAAAAAACAAUUUGUUAUGUAUUAUUUAUUCAUAGUAUUAGCUUCAAAGUCAUCAAUAUUAAAAUAUGCUGGCCAAAUACAAUUGAAGGAAUUGUUCAGUCUCCCUUGUGAAAUGUAAUAUACUAUAAAAUAACUGGUACAUCUCCAAGCUACACAUGAAUGAGGAAUCUUUUCCAAUCGCUCCACUUUUUCACAGCUAAUAUGGUGGUGACGCCGAGGUAUGAUUCAGCUAUUAAUGCGGUGUUUGUGGGCUCUAUUUUCGGAGACAACACAAAUGCACUUGGGUGUAUAAACUGCUGAAUCUUUCAUUCCAGUGCACACCUAGUUUAGCGUGUUUGGAAAUUUGGCAGACUAUGCUGUAUCAAUCUGGGCAUUCUGACGGACCGAAGGCGUUUUCUUUUACACGCCCUCGGUGUACCUGAUAAUUUGGUGGCUGAAAGCUAGACUAAACUUUAGACAAGCUGGAAGCAGGUCACACACGGACACGGGUUGGAAGGCGCUCCCAAAGUGCCCAUUUCACACGGCUGAUCUGUGAUCACCCUGGCAUACUUGACAUCAUCCACCGGUGGGGGUCUAAUUGCAGUUCCAUAUAAACAUACUUUUCAUGCUUCGAUCUUUUGCAUGACCUCCAGGGCAGCUAUUUCUGCUUCUACCAUGACAACGACUGAGCACUUCUCCCUCACUGAUUUUAAAUGGAAUGAGAGGAGCCGCUUUCAUUGGGCGCGAAUCAAGUCAGCUUUGUUCACGCCCACAACGGCGCAAACGCCAAUUUCCGAUUGUUCUAGGUCGACAAAAAUACAAGAAGAAAAUAAACUCCACCCAUGCACACAAUCGAAGCUGCUUCGCAUUAGACUUGGCUGGGCAAGAAAAUGGAGCCCUAUGCGUAUGUCUAUGGUGAAGGCAAGGAACAUCAUUGAUGUCAUUGAUGUCAGCAGAACUGUAGUGGAGUUUCCUGCCAAUGUCAGCACUAGGCAACAAAAUGUUUGUCUAACAGUCAUUGCAAUUCAUUUUCACUUGCGGGAGCUUUUAUAUGCACUUUUGUAUGUUGCAUUUAGAAAUAUUUUUAUUUGAAUGUUUGUUUUUUUUUUUCCUCAAUGAAAGCCUUGCUUUGAUUUCUUUUGGUUGUUAAAUAUGUAAUGCCGCUGCCUCCAACCGUAUAGUGUGAAGGCUUGCACUAUAAAGUUGCUGCCACCAAAAUGACUUUCCGUGUCGACGAGACUGGGCUCCAAUUGAAAAUUGCAACAGUAUUGUGUACAUGUCAUGAGCAAAUGUGUCCAAACGAAUGGUUUCUACUCCUCUCAAUUUCCCAAUGCCGAUUGGGAAAAGUGACAUUUAAUCUCAAUGAAUGUAUUUAAAAUGACUUGUAUCUAAAUGUAUGUCUAAUGUGAAUAAAUACCCAUUGAUCAUUCUA